AGGCGGCAGGAGGAGCAGGGACGCCGCCGAGUUGUCCCCGAGCCCGAGGCCCCGGUCAUGGGCCACGGGGGGAGGAGGAGGCCGAGGCCGCGCUCAGCAGCGACAUGAGGCGAGUGGUCAGCGGCGGUGAUCCAGACUAUUGAAACAACAAACUGUGGGAAGGAACAGGAAUGUUUUACUAUCAACCCAUCUCAUUGGCCACGGCUUGCUCUUCAACUGUAUAAGAAGCCACCUGAUUGGAGAAUCUUCAUGAGCUCAGGAGAUGAGAGAGUUCCGGCAGCAAGAGCAAUCUGAUCCCCAGCGAAUACUCCCUGUGACACAGGAGCUCCCCAUUCUGGAGCAAUUUGUUUGUCAGAAGAAAAACAAGAAGGAGAAGAGUCGGCUGACGGACAGUAAAAUGUUGGCUGGCUCACAGAAGGCAAGCCGAGCUCAGAAAAACUCCAGCCCCAACAAGCACUUAAAGAGCCCAGGUUCACCAGGAAUGCUGUCUCACAGCCCAGGCACACUUCACUCUGGCUGUUCCAAGCCUCGAGGAUUGAAGAGUCCCCCACUCACUGACACUCAAAGAUUUUCUGAAAACAGUUUGAAAAUAAAACACGAGUCAGAAAUCCGGAUCCCCCCAGUCCCAUCACCAAAACCCGCAACCAAUCAAAUGCACCCGGACAGUAAACUGACCAAUCACGGCAAGCCGGUCAACAGCAGUGCCCCGCCCCCGAAUGCAAGCCAGGGAACGGCCUGUGGCCUGGGGUCAAAAGCAGCGGGAACAGGGAGUCACGGUGGGAAAGCCAGCCAGAUCUCUCCAGGAAGCUCGGGACUGAAAGGCAGCCAGAACUCAGUGUCAAAUCUCGGAGCGCUGAAAGGGAAAGUGAAACGGGAAAGGAGUAUCUCUGUGGACUCGGGAGAGCAGCGGGAAACCAGCACACCCGUCAUAGACACAGAAUCGAAAGUAGACGGUGCCCCCCGGAGUAAGAGGCGGUGUGUUCUGGAGCGCAAGCAGCCAUACAGCGGGGACGAGUGGUACUCAGGUCCUGACAGUGAGGAUGAGGAUAAAUCUGGAGUGGCUGCUCACAAUUGUAAUAUUGUUGACUCUGCCCUCCCAGGGACUGUUCAGCCUUCUCCAGGUUCAAACCCCCUCCCGACAGUCGCUGACAGUGCUCCAGCCAGUGUUCCACACAACCCAGUAGGGGGACCCUGCCUGCGGUCGGACAUCCCGAGGAACCCCAGCAAACCACCCUCCCAGUUUGUUUACGUCUUCACAACGAACCUAGCUAACAUGGCUGCAGAAGCUGUGAUCCAGGGCCGAGCAGACUCGAUUGUCGCCUAUCACACACACAACGUGCCUCGGACAAAACUAGAACAAGUUUAUGAUCAGAAGGCCUCCGUUGCCAUUCCGAAAGGAUCUGGACUCCAAGAGCAGCUGUCAUUGAACACACCUCCCGCCCGCACUCCACAGUCCCAGAGCCAGUCUCAGCAGCAGAGCCUACAACCCCCCAGCUCACUGCCUCAGGAGGGGGCACCUGGAGCGGAACCCAUGCACUCAGAUCUCGGGCCCAAGUCGAUGGAGAGUAACGGUAGCUCUGGGACACAGUCAGGGAACAGUCAUCCCAGCCUUGGCAACACAGCCAGCAACCCAAUGCCGGGCGUCCCGGUUGGCGAUCCAGCUAAUGGAGGAAGUGGAGAGGCCGACAAUCCAAAUGGGAAUGGUUCAUUGGUCAUGAACCUUCACCCCAACACUGAGGGGUUGUCCAAAGAGCAGUUGGAACAUCGAGAACGUUCCUUACAGACUCUGAGAGAUAUCGAAAGGCUCUUGUUACGAAGCAGCGAGAGCGAGUUUUCCAUGAAGGGCAACUGUGGCCCAAAUGGACAAGGGGAUGGACAACAGGUCAUGAAGAAACCGGAGGAGCCUUUACAGUCCAUGAUUUCCCAGACACAGACUCUGGCUGGAGUUGAGGGGGCAAAUAUGGAGCACGAGGCAAUGCAUCAUCAGGAGAUAAUGCAACGUGACCCUAUGGGCCAACAGGUGGGCAUGAUGAUGAACCAGGUUAGCCAAGAGAAUCUGACUCCAGAACAGAUAGCCUGGAGGAAGCUUCAAGAGGACUUUUAUGAGGAGAAAAGGAGGAAGCAGGAGCAAGCUGUGGUUCAACAAAGGACAAUGCAAGAAAUAAUGAUGCAGAGGCCGAUGGGGGGGAUGAUGGUUAGAGGACCACCCCCUCCCUAUCACAGCAAGGCUGGAGACCAGUGGCCCUCAGGAAUGGGAAACCGUUUCACAGGUCCCAUGGAGGUCUCCGAUUCGAUACAGCCCCGUGGAACUGCCCCUUUCUCUGGACCUCGGUUCCCCACCAAUCAAAUGCAGAGGGUUAGCGGAUACGGAGGAAUGCAGAACAUCCCGAUGGAGGCUUUGGGGACCAUGAACCCGAUGCAGAGACCUGUACGGCCUGGAAUGGCUUGGCCUGAUGACAUCUCUCCCAUGGCGGGGGGAGGGAACUUCCCUCAGGGAGGCAUGUCGUUUCAUUCUGGCCAGGGAGACCCCGAGCGCUUUAUGAACCCAAGGGCCAGGGAAGAGUUGUUGAGGCAGCAGUUGAUGGAAAAGAGGUCGAUGGGGAUGCAGCGCCCGCUAGGCCUGAACAACACCAACAGCAUGGGUGGCAUGUCUCAGGGCAUGGAGAUGGAGAGAAUGAUGCAGGCUCAGAGACAGAUGGAGCCAGGAAUGUUUCCUGGCCAGUUGCCUGGGGAUAAUGUAAGUGCAAACCCAAUGGGGUUGGACUUUGUUGGGACGAGGGGUAUGUUGAGCCCCCCUUUAGGACAGACGGGACCCAUGCGCGAUAUGGACUCAUCAAUGGGCCCUGGAAAUGUCAAUAUGAACAUGAAUGUCAAUAUGAACAUGAACAUGAAUCUUAAUGUCCAGAUGACUCCGCAGCAACAGAUGAUGAUGUCACAGAAAAUGAGGGCACAGGAAAUGAUGUCACAUCAGGUUUUGACCCCAGAAGAGAUGGCGAGAGUCAGAGCACAGAAUGGCAACGUGAUGAUGGGCGACCCUCAGAAAAUGUUGCCCCAGUCACAGUUCCCAAAUCACGGACAGCAGGGUUUUCCAGGUGCUCAAGGACAAUAUUCCAGCAUGUCCCAAGAAGGCAGUAACAUGGGGAAUCCUGGAGAGAUGUUCAGCCCUGAACAAGGCCCUAUGCCUAUAACUAGCAUGAGUGGCACAGCCAGAUUGAGCCACAUGCAAAUGGCUCCGACUUCCAAUCAAUCCAAUAACCACAGUAAUGUGGGAACAAUGCUUCCAGGGGCCCAGAGAGGACUGGGCCGCAGACCCUCAGACCUCACUAUCAACAUCAGUCAGAUGAACUCUCCUGGAAUGGGUCACCUCAAGUCACCAACCAUCAGCCAGGUUCACUCGCCACUGGUCAGUUCUCCUUCAGCCAAUCUCAAAUCUCCUCAGACCCCGUCUCAGCUGGCGAGUUUAACCUCCGCCAAUGCCUCGGCGCCCAUCAAGUCUCCCCAGGUCAUGAGCUCCUCGCUUCCUGUCCGCUCUCCAGCCAGUUCCCCCAGCCGCCUCAAAUCACCACCAAUGUCUGUCGCUUCUCCUGGAUGGACCUCGUCCCCCAAGACCACCCUCCCGAGCCCUGUAAUCAGCCAGGGCAAACAGACGAUGGGCCUGAGCUCUUCUGCCCCAGUGGGAAACAUUGAGCAAGGACCGAUACCCUCUGCUCCUCGCCCUGGCCCCACCCUGCCUUACAACUCACCCGAGUCAACCCCUUCCCAGAAUCCACUCUCACUCAUGAUGUCGCAGAUGUCCAAGUACGCCAUGCCAAGCUCUACUCCUCUGUACCACGACGCCAUCAAAACCAUCGCCACCUCCGAUGACGAGUUGAUCCCAGAGCGGUCAAUGGCAAUGAUCCAGCCCUCGAGUGUCCCCGGACUGAGCGGGAACCAGAAUCCACAGAUACACCUAGUGUCGCAAAGUGGGCCAGGAUCAGGAUCUGCUAACAGCCCGCUGGCGAUGAGCAUGGUGGGGCAGCCCCUAUCACACGAGCCUCCAGCCCCCAUGAUGCCGUCCCCCAGCCUGAUGGGGCCCAACGUCCCGAUGCACGAAGGGCACGCUCCCGGAAUGGCCGUGCAAAGCCCCAUGAUGGUGCAUCCCCCCCAGGACUCCCUGGGGCAACCGUGUGGCCCCUUACCCGGCAGUGGCCCCCAGACGCUACCUCAGAACCCCAUGGUCCUCCAACGGAUGCAGCACCAGUCCCACAAUGCCCUGCAGUCCCCAGGCUCUGGGAUGCACCAGGUGUACCCCUCAGGCAUGGCCAUGCCACACGAAGAGGGAGUCCCGUCACAUGGGGUCCCUGCCGGAUCAGGACCCCCUCAGCAGCAGCAACAACAACCCCCCCCUCCUCCUCCGCACCUGAUGGUUAAGAAUGCGUCGAGUCGACCCGGAGGGGAUGGCUACCAGCUGUCCGGAGUGGCUUCGGUCCUCAAUGACCCAGAACUUCAGGACGUGAUCCGACCCUCAGCCAGCGGCAUCCCGGAAUUCAAUCUCUCGCGCAUCAUUCCAUCUGAGAGGCCAAGUAGCACUCUGCAGUAUUUCCCAAAGGGUGACUCACAAGCAUCAAAAGCUCCGUCUUCCAACCCCCACCUCAUGAACCUUCAGAGCAUGAUGUUGGAGCAAGCUCCCCCCAGCAGACCCAAUCUUCCAGGACAGCAGCAGCAGCAGCAGCAGGUGCAAAGGGGCCUGAGCAUGCACAUCUUCCACCCGGGUCAGGUACCAGGACCCAUGAUGGGAAGGACAGGCAUGCCGGCUCAACACGGCAUGAUGGGAAACAGCCUGCACCAGGUCCUCAUGUCUCCGCAGCAACAGAACAUGAUGCUGCAGACCAAACAGAGGAGCCUCUCGCUGUCGGGAGAGAUGUACGGACAAGCAGGACACAUGCUGCCUCCCCAGGUGGGUGUACUCGGAACAACACCCCACCAAAGCAUCAUGUUCCCUCAGCAGUUGAGACAGAGGAGCAUGUCUUUAGAUGCACCCAUCACCUUUGUCCCAGGACCUGGAAACGCUGCCAACCUACCCUUCUAGCCUCUUGUCUUUUCGUACAAUUCAGAUUUAUGCAAGCUGAGAAGCGACAGUGAUGAGUGUUGGGG